AUGGCGGCUUCCAUCCCUCCACACUUCCUCCAGCAAGCCAUGCUCGCUCGACUCGCUUCCAGCACCUCGCCCGCCCCACCUGCGCUCGCCGACUUCCUCAAGCUCUCGCAGGACGAGCGAAGCCGCCCAGAGUCUGUCUCGAAGCUCGUCGGAGUCUUACAUGCCCUCUCGCAAGGCUACGAGCCCAAGCCGGAAGAGCGACGAAAGCUCGUCACUGCCCUCUUUCCCCUCGCCUCGACCGUUCUCGACCAGCCAGACCAUGCACAGAACCCGCUCUGCGUCCCCCUCUGCUCCCUCCUCAAGUUCGUCGGCCGCAGUCCCGCAGGAACGGAGGAGUUGGCACGAGCAGACGGCUUGCGGGUGCUCGUACGGCUGGGGGGUUUGGACAGGGCCGCAGGACUCCCUCGGAUGGAGGCGGUCGAGGGUGAAGGGGAGGAAGAUGACGACGACGACGCGGCGAAACGGGCACUGGGCGCGGCAGAGAAGGACCCGCUCCUGCCUGCCGAGUCCGAGGCCCUCCGUUGUCUUGCGAACGUCCUUACGCUCCACCCGUCGGCGAGGGAUGCCUUCCCCGCUGUUCUGCUCGAAGGCGACCGCAAGGCGCUGAAAGGAUUUGUGCGGAUCUUGGCGUGUGAUGGGGCGGGCUUCUUGGUUGGCCGACUGCUCUUCCUGUUGACGAGCAAGGCGAGCGAUGCGGUCACCGAGCUCGUGCUCGACGGGGCAUGCGUCGAGACCAUGCAGCAGUUCGCCAGCCGAUAUCUCGCCAUCUAUCGCUCCGAGAAGCACCGGCGUGCCCUCGCGACGGGACCUCCCAUGGCGACCUACGACGACAUUCUCCGCGAACACCUCAAGCUCGCCUACAACCUUAUGCUUCAGUACUCGCGUUCGCCCGCAACUCUCCCAGAAGGCUUCGAGAAGACUAGCGGCCUCGGUGGCGACGGCAAGAAGAGGCGGUUCUGGCGGUCGAGGGAGAAGAGCGGCGCUUCUCUCACGAGCUCACCAGAACUCGACAAGGAGACGACGGGAGGCGAGCCUUCCUCGUCCCCCGAGCCAGCGAAGGGGACAGACUUGCCUCGCUCGAAGAGUCCGAUCGCUAUCGCGAAGCGUGUCGGCGAAGCAGUCAAGCGCUCGUCGCGGACGAGCAGUCCCGCUCGCUCACCCGAGUCUUCGACCACGACUGCGGCAGCAUCGACCUCGAAGGAGGGCGACUCCCUCACCCUCACCGCCGCGCAUCUGUUUCUCCCUCUCUUCCAGCCGUACCUGUCCAUCGCCGUCACGCUGCCCCUCUCCUCGACCACUCCCGCAAUCUCGCCGACUGCAGCCUCUAAAGAUCCCUCGCCUGUCGUCCGCGCCGCCCUCAACACGCUUCUCAACUUCCCCGUGGAGCUGGAAGAGCUCUCCGGCUGGUCAACGUCCUGGCUGCAGUACGUCCCGCCACGAGUUUCGCCUCAAGACGGCAUGGUCCGUAAGGGCGGCGGCAUCGGGUCGCUCGGCGAGCGGCUGCUUGAGAUCGUACAGGGCGUCUGCGACGCCUACCUCCCCGCGGACAAAGUUCCCGAGCACCCGAAGCUCGUCACGAAGCGCGACAAGGAGGAAGGCAGGAAGCUUGAGGCACCCUGUGCGCCUGACGAGUGGCUAUCUGGUGGCGAUGAUGCGGCGAAGGUCGAGGAGAUUCUCGGGCCGGUCAUGCUGCUCAUGCGCAAGCUGAGCAUGCUUGGCGAGUCGCAGUUCGUCUUCCGCGAGCUCCUCUUCCCUCCCAACAUCGACCGCUCCGUUCCGCUCAACCGCCAGCCCACCCUCACCGGCCACCUCGUCCGCCUUCUCUCGUCCGUUCUCCUACCCAACACCGCUUUCGGCGUCGGCGAGUUCCUCUACAACCUCUUCGACCGCUCGCCCGAGAAACUCGUUCGCGCGAUUGGCUACGGCAGCGCAAGCGGCUUCCUCCAGAACCGCGGCGAGCUCAUCCCGCCUCCUCCUGGCGAAGAGGAGGAGCGAACCGCGGACGGCGAGCAGCCCCGUCGACCGAUCAACCCGAUCACGGCCGCAUUCGAGCCGCCUGAAGAUCCCGACUACAAGCCGAUGACGGAGGACGAGAAGGAGCGCGAGGCGGAGCGGCUGUACACGCUGUUCGACAGGAUGGCCAAGACGGGCGUGAUCAGCGCGGAGAACCCGGUCGACAAGGCGAGGGCGGCCGGUAAGCUGGAGGAGUCGAAAAAAGAGCGGGAGGCGGAGCUCGAGAGGCUGACGAAGGAGGACGAGGAGCUCGAGCGUGAGGUUGAGCGGGACAUGAAGGAAUGGAAGGAGAAGCGGCGAAAGGCGGCAGAGCAAGGGAAGGAUCCGGCGCAGGUCUGA